UGGCGUUCACCACGGCGGAGAACAUCAAACCUACUGUGUGCAGGGUGGUCAUCUACCUUCAGAGGGACAUGUCGGGAGAGAGCUGCCUGCACCCACUUCGGCCCCAGGCCGACCCCAUCCUCCCGGUCUCCUCUUCGGUUCUCUGUCCCAAGACCACCAGCCCCGGCCAGCGAGGUAGAGCCGGAGGCAAAUAUGUCCGCCUCAACGUGGGUGGAGCGCUCUACUAUUCCACCGUACAAGUGCUGACGCAGCACGACACGUUGCUCAAAUCCAUGUUUAGCGGCAAGACCGAGGUCUUCACCGACAAAGAGGGUUGGAUUUUGAUCGACCGCUGCGGGAAACACUUUGGUCUGAUCCUCAGCUACCUGCGCGACGGAGUUGAAACCUUGCCCAAGAGCAAGCAGGGCAUCAUGGAACUCCUGGCUGAGGCAAAGUACUAUCAGAUCCAGGGGCUGAUGGACUUGUGUCAACAUGCACUUCAGGAUAAUAAACAGAAAGCUCUGUGUGUCAUUCCAGUCAUCACGUCUCCAAAAGAAGAAGAGAGGGUAAUACAAGGAUGUACAAGGCCUGUUGUAAAGUUACUUUAUAAUCGAGGCAACAAUAAAUAUUCCUACACCAGCAACUCUGAUGACAACUUACUGAAGAACAUUGAACUCUUCGAGAAGCUCUCACUGAGCUACAACCGACGCGUGCUGUUCAUCAAGGACGUGAUUGGCGACGAGAUCUGCUGCUGGUCUUUCUACGGACAGGGCCGCAAGUUAGCGGAGGUUUGCUGCACGUCCAUCGUCUACGCUACUGAGAAAAAGCAGACCAAGGUGGAGUUUCCCGAGGCGAGGAUCUACGAGGAGACGCUAAACGCUCUGCUCUACGAGACGCUACCGGUUCCGGAUAACUCUUUACUGGAGGCUACACGCCGCAGAGCCCACUGCUGCUCACACAGUGAAGAGGACGAGACUGUGGAGCUGAGAGAGCGGGUGCGUCGCAUUCACGUUAAGAGAUACAGCACCUAUGAUGACAGACCGCUGGGACAUUAACCUGGACUGAGGACUGAUUUGUUCUUUUGUUCUAAAUAUCCUCUUCACAAGUGCCUCUGGUUUAGUCUGUGGGUAAGAGCCAUCUAUAUAUAUAUACCGAUCAGCCAUAAUAUUAAAACCACCUCCUUGUUUCUACA